UAAGUAUAUAUACGUAUUAUUAUGAUUUGUAUAUAUUUUUUAUACGAACUCGGAACUACAGAGUCCAAAACUCAAUUUUGAUACGCAGAAUUGCUCAUGUGAUGCUCCGAAUCCUCCGACGGGUUACACCAUAUCGAGAAGUUAUCCAAUGAGAAAGCCGCUUAAAUUUUGGAGGAUCUAUGAUGGACGACAGAGAAAAAUAACGCUUUGUUUGUGAAAGAAUUUUUGAGCGCAAGCAAGGAUUAUUAAAACGAAAAACCAAGCCAAACCAAACCAACUAAAAACCAAAACGACAAAAAUCGACAAAAAAUCGACAAAAACGAAAAACGAAAAAGAAAUCUCAAGAAUCCAUUCGCAAGUUUUCGGGCAAAGCAUCGAAAGCACACUUUUGAGAAUCAAAUCAAAGCGAAAACGUAAACAAACUGGAAAGGAGUAGCACCAGCAUUACUUGGAGAACGAGAACGGGAGUCAAACGAAGGGAAAUACAAAUCAAAUCUAAAUAAAAUUAAAUGCAAAGGACAUUCGCAUGUGUGUGGUGGUGGAAAGAAAAUUCAAAACAAAAUUCACAAUUAGAAAACGCAGGAAAAAACGUAGAAAACGCAGACACAAAAUCAAGAGUGCCAACAGCAACAGCAGCAACAGCAGCAACAACAGCAACCAACUGUCAACAGCGGGAAGAAUUUUGAACUGGAACAUUUCGACCAAAAAGUUGGGAGACAGCAAAAUUUCAACGUUUGGCGCACUACAACACAGCAGCAGCAACAGCAGCAAGGACAUCCCGGCCAGGCAGCCAGGAUUGCAGGAGCAAGCGGUUUUGAAAGCGCAGCAGCAACACACAUCGAUAGCCACAGCCCCUUCGUCUCACACGGACUCGGACUAGGACUCAAAAAAAAAAACAAAAAAGAACGGACAGAAGGAUACCAAACAAACACUUUGGCUUAGAAAGCGGCCAAAGGACCAAAGGACCGCGACCAGGACUUAAACUUGAAAUCACGCAUACGCCGCGGCGAAAUCUCGCUCUCUCUCUUUGCCGCCGCGCAGGGGAAAAGCCAGCCAAUCCGAAGAAGCGUAGAGAUUGCCCGAGGGGUUGCUGAGGGGAAAGCGGAGAAAGCGGAGAAAGCAGGUAAAGCAGGCGAGAGUGCUGCUGCUGCUGCUGGUGGGCAUCAUCUUAUGAUGUCAUCAGAGGAGUACGAGGCGGACUGUUUUGGUUUGUACAGCGAUGAGAACAACGUGCUGCUGAAGGCAACCGAGCCGGAGACAACAGCGGCCACCAAGCAGCAACAUCAUCAGCAACAUCAACAGCAGCAACAUCAGCAACCACCGCCGAGCAGCAACGGUCACACGUCACCAAUACCCUUACAAAUCAACGGCGACGCCAACGCGGCGAAUUGCGGCGAGAGUACCAAGACUAAUACCAAUACAAGCAGCAACAGCGGCAACAGCGGCAACAGCGACAACAGCAACACCAAUACAGACGCAGACAAGGAGCAAGAGAGAGAGAAGGCGAAGGAGAAAACAAACGACGACGAGGCCGAGUCCGACGAUUCCGACGACGACGUCGUUGUCGUGCUCGAAGGCUGCGAAGGCAACGCCAGCAGCAGCAGCAACAGCAACAGCAGCAACGCUAGCAGCAACAACCACAAGGCGGCGGCAACGGCAACGACAACGACAACGGCAACUACGACGACGACGACGGCGAACCAUUGUAAUCGCAGUGUCGGCAGUCGCAGUCAUCGCAGCGCCCGCAGUAGUCGGCAAAUCAGUCAGUCAACGGCCGUCGGCAAGACAACAACGUGCGCGGCUAAAAAACCAACAGCAACAUUAGCGCCCACGCCAACAGCCAAGAAUUUGAACGUGAAUUCAAACGGUAGCGGUACGGGAAACGGAAACGGAAACGCGAAUAGUAAAGUGAAUCGUCGUUCGCGUCAAAGAUCCUUGAGCAAAGACAUAAGCAAUCAGCAAUCGAUCAGUCAUAGUAUUAGCAACAGCAACAGCAACAGCAAUAGCAGCAACGGCGGAGCAACGGCAACCGCUGCUGGCUUCAUGAGUAGCGCUGCCGCGGCUGCUGCGGGUGCCGCUGGUGGAGGAGCCCUGUUCCAACCACAAUCGGUCAACAGCACGGCCAGUAAUAAUAAUAUUAAUAACAACAAUAAUAGUUCGAGCACAAACACACCGGCUACAGUCGUAUCUAGCCACUCGCCCACGAGCAACUCACCGGUUUCGGGCGCCAGCUCGGCCUCGUCCUUGUUGACGGCCGCCUUUGGCAACCUGUUCGGUGGCUCCUCGGCCAAGAUGCUGAACGAGCUCUUCGGCCGCCAGAUGAAGCAGGCCCAGGACGCAACGAGUGGCCUGCCCCAGAGUUUGGACAACGCCAUGCUGGCCGCCGCCAUGGAGACGGCCACCAGUGCCGAGCUGCUGAUCGGCAGCCUCAAUUCCACGUCCAAGUUGCUGCAGCAGCAGCAGCAACAGCAGCAACAGCAGCAACAGCAGCAACAGCAGC